GUAUCAUUCAUUAGUGUUUUUUGGGUUGUGUUGCAACAGAUAACUAAAUUAAUAAUAUGUUUCGUGUCGUAGCUUUGAGUUGGAUGGUCUCUUGUGUGUUAGCAGCACCAGCGGAUGUUCCACCGGAAUCACUUCAACCUACAGUUAUUCCGAUCAUAUCGCAAUCAGAUGAAUUGGAGCCGAAUGGGACAUACAAAUUCAGCUAUGAAACUGGAAACGGUAUAAAGAGGGAAGAAACUGCCUAUGAAAAAAUUUUGCCCAAAGCUCAGGGGAGAUCUGCAAGCAGCAAUGAAGGAGGGGAGAGUGACGAAAGCGAUGAAAUUCACGUACAACAAGGGUCUUACUCAUACACUGCGCCCGAUGGAACACUUAUUUCCGUACGAUACAUUGCAGAUGAAAAUGGAUUCCAACCGAUUGGGGAUCACAUACCUAGAGCACCUGCGCCAGUUCAAACUACUUCAGCAGAAAAAUCUGGGCGAGCAUUAAAACCACAAACUGAUAGUUCUGAAUCUGCAUCUGCCCCUGAAGCUAAGCUUUCAGUAGCCUCACCAAGUCAACCUCUGCUUCAAAACAGAAACGCGGAACCAGAAGUAGAAUCAAGAGAAACGGAAUCGAAAGCAUCACCAGCAGUUGCUCCUGAAGCUACAUCGGAAGGGGCACAAUCAGACGUUACAUUAGCACCAACAAAUCAAGGUGGUAGAACAACUGUACCAAGCACGGAUUCAGAAUCAACUUCUACUGUAGCAACUUUAACACAGGAAGUUGAUGCUAAUCCGUCCACUGAUAAAUCAACAGAAGCAGAAGCAAUUUCAUCUACUGUAAGCAAUGAUCAGCCUUCCACAGAAAGUUACACGAGUACUCCAUCAUUAAGCGAUCCGACUUCAACAAUUAGCAACACCGAAUCACCAGUAUCGACAGUUUCGGAUCAACAAACGUCAACUGCUAAUAAUGAUCAACAAAUUUCAACUGAGGCAAGUGAAGCACCUGCGUCUACUGAGAGCUCUUCAACUUCUGAAUCUGUAACACCGACGUCUGGAACACCUGAAUCUUCGGAAGUAGUUAGUUCAACAACAACAGUUGCAUAGUGAAUUUAUAAAUUUUGUUUUACUUCUAUGAAGCGUUUCUGACAUAAUGAAAAUGGUAUUGGUGAAAAAUUAUGUACUUUAAUUCGUGUAAUGUGGUAUAACAUCUUACUAAACAACAAUAUCUUGUGAUAACAUAUGAAAUUAUCAUGAGUAAGCUUUAAUUAUUUAUACUUAAUAAUUUGUUGAAAUAAUAAAUUUCAAUAAUUUGUAAAUUGGUUUUUGUUAAA